AUGCGGAAGACGAUAGCAAACAACAUUAAAUCCACAAUUCCUAAAACUGAUAAUGCAAAGGAAUUUAUGAAGUUUGUGGAAGAUCUCUUGCAAUCUGACUCUGCUGAUAAGUCAAUUGCAGGGACAUUAAUGAGUACGUUGACCACCAUGAAGUUUAAUGGUUCUUAUACCAUGCAUGAGCAUGUAACUGAAAUGGCAAACACAGCAGCAAGAUUAAGAUCUAUGGGAAUGGAAGUGAGUGAAAGUUUCCUUGUGUGGUUUAUCAUUAACUCUUUGCCUUCUGAGUAUGGGAGCUGGAAGAAACCAGGAAAGUAUAAUGGAAAGGGCAAGAAAGGACCACUGAAAGUUAAUGCGUCGUCUGUCCAAAUCCACAAGAAGGAACGAAAGAACGAUAAGUGUCAUUUCUGCAAAAAACCUGGAAACUAUCAGAAAGAUUGCAUGAAACGUAAGGCAUGGUUCGAAAAGAAAGGUAAAACCCUUGAUUUUUUUAACGACUUUCAAAAACAACAAAUAAAUGAUCAAACACUCCAUGAAGAUGUUAUUACCGAUGAACCUACGAUAGAUAUACCACAUGAAGAAGUAGCUUUAAGAAGGUCUCAAAGACCGAGAAAAUCUGCUAUUUCUGACGAUUAUGUGGUUUGUCUACAAGAGUCAAAAUUUAACCUUGGAAUGGAUAAAGAUCCAGUUUCAUUUUCACAGGCCAUGAAAAGUCAUGAUUCUAAUAAAUGGUUUGACGCCAUGAAAGAUGAGUUGAAAUCAAUGGAGCAUAAUGAAGUUUGGGAUCUUGUAGAAUUGCCUAAAGGUUGUAAAAGAGUUGGGUGUAAAUGGGCCUUUAAGACCAAACACGACUCAAAUGGCAAUAUCGAAUGA